CGGUUUUUCGGUCGUAUAUACUCUAUAUAAAAAUUCCAUGUCAUGUAAUUCAUAUAGUCGUUUAAGUACCUUUUAAACGCCAUGAUUUUUGUUAUAAUUUAUGUAGUAAUAAAUUUCCUUACUAUCUCAACUAACGGCUACUCACGGGAAGAAGUCCAGGAAAAGUAUCCAGGUUUUGGCAGCGAGUACAUCCUGUUCCCCGAUGACGACGGAAAUCCGAUGUACGUUUACUUGAACCGCACGAAUUACACGAAAUUAUUCGGCAUAGGCGAACCGAACAUGGACGAGGACGUUAAAAUCACCUAUUUUUCCAGAAAACACCUGGAAGGGGUGGAAAUCAAGUCCAAGGAAGACUUGAGCAGCUAUAUUGACCCCUCGAAAUCCACUAAGUGCGUUACCCACGGCUGGAUGUCUGGUGGAAAGAAGGAUUCUUCUGUGCGUAUCCGAGACGGUUUUCUUUACAGGUAUGACGCGAACGUGUUGGUGAUGGACUGGAGCGCGAUCUCCGGCAACCCUUUCUACCCCAUCCCCAUGCUGACCACCCCAGCGGUGGGCGAACACUAUGGCACCUACCUGAACCACAUGGUGGACGAACUGGGGGUGAACCCACAGGAUAUCCAUCUGGUGGGGCACAGUCUGGGGGCCCACGUUUCCGGGUUCGCCGGUAGACAAGUGAAGACAGGGAAGGUGGGACGGAUCACCGGGUUAGAUCCGGCACUUCCGGGGUUCGACACCGGUUUGGUGCAAUCGGGCACUCUGAACCCUAACGACGCGCAUUUUGUGGAUAUUAUUCAUACUUGCGCGGGGUUUUUAGGUUAUAAGACCCCGCUGGGGCACGCGGAUUUUUACCCUAACGGUGGUGGGCCUCCGCAACCCGGAUGUGGCAUUUUAGAGUUUAUCGAGGCUUGCAGUCACGGUUUGUCUUGGAAGGUGUUUGCUAGCUCUCUGGUCCGGGAUGAUCCAUAUGUGGCCACCAGGUGUUCCACCCUGGAUGAGUUAAUGAAAGAGAAACGAUGUGGGGGUGAAGACACCCUCGUGGGAGACCAAACACCUGGGGACGUGCGGGGGAUUUACUACAGUAGGAUCUUAGAGGAGGACGUCGAUUACCGCUUGAACGAUAAAAAUCUGAUAAAGCAACAUCAGAUCUACUGUCAAAUUCUUCACUCCCAAGGGGUUCAGGUAACUGUGGGCGACUGUCCUGUAUAUUUUUACGAAAGAUGCACCCACACCGAAGCAGUGAAGUUCACCCUAUCGGUACCACACCGGAACCAAAGUUUAUUAUACGCAUUAAACCCGUUGGAUCCUAAAAUACCCAAAGAGUACAACCCUGUGGUACCAUUAAAAGUGGUGAUUCACGGUUAUGGUGGUCUGGAUAUCGACACCAGUACCAGUAACGUAACCAGAGCGUACCAAGACGUCGGCUACAAUGUCAUCAUAGUCGAUUGGGAACCGCUGGCAUCGAUACCCUGCUACCACACGGCUUACCUUAACACGUGGUACGUGGCCCAGUGUAUCUCCGUUCUGAUGGUGGGACUGCUCCCUUUUGGAAUUCGGCCCCCCAUAGUACACGUGGUGGGGUUCAGUUUGGGGGCGCACGUGGCCGGAUUAGCCGGCAAUAAUUUGCAAAAUGUGUUGGGAAGCAGUUUUUAUAGGAUCACCGGUUUAGAUCCGGCCCUGCCCCUGUUCGCUACCCUGAAUAACGACUGGAAACUGGACAAAUCGGAUGCGGAAUUCGUCGACGUAAUACACACAAGUGCGGGUACUUUUGGAAAAGUGGAGGCGACCGGGCAUGUGGACUUUUACGUAAACGGAGGCUCCCUACAGCCCGCCUGUCAAAAUAGGAAAUAUCCGCCCCUGUGCAGUCACAUUAUGGCUGGCCUGUACUACGCAGAAUCCAUAAGGAGUUCCGUCUACGGGGGAGAUUCGUUCAUCGGCAGGCAAUGUGACAACGUCGUGAAUUACGUUUUGGGGUUAUGUAAUGGUUUUGACAAGAUGGCGGUCAUGGGGGAGAACGUUUAUUAUUUGACUCGGGGCACUUUUUACUUGGAAACCUCGGACAAAGCGCCAUACGCUUUGGGAUUCAGGCCUUACUACCUCAACAAGCAAAAGUCCCGAGAGACCCUGAGCCUGUUCAAGGACCGAUUUAAGAAUUUCUUUAAAUUAUUGACCUGACCCGGUACAAAUAAAUCGACGUGCGUAAUAUAUAAAAA